AUGGCCACCAUAUCCGACAAGCACUAUCGACUCUCUGAGCAAGAGAAGGAUCAUUUCAUGCGGUAUGGAUAUGUCUGCCUCACCAACUGCUUCUCCCGAGAAAAGGCCGCCGAGUGGACUGCCGACGUAUGGACUCGACUCGGCUACUCCCCUACGGACAAGUCCACCUGGGCUGCCGAACGGACCAAUAUGCCCGACCAUAAGCAGGAGUCGGUGCGGACUUUCGCCCCCAAGGCAUGGGCCGCCAUCUGUGAGCUCCUCGGUGGCGAGGACCGUGUCGCCGAGUGGGCGGCAUCCUGGAAUGAUGCCUUCAUCGUUAAUCUGGGCACGGCGGAGUCUGAAGGCAAAUGGCCUCAUCCGGCAGAUCUAGAUGGAUGGCAUGUCGACGGGGACUUCUUCAUCCAUUUCCUCGAUUCUCCUGAGCAGGCGUUGCUGGUCAUACCCUUGUUCACUGACAUCCAGGAGCAUGCGGGCGGCACGAUGGUUUGUCCAGAUGCAAUCAAAAAGAUUGCCAAGCACCUUUAUGACCAUCCCGAGGGCGUCUCGCCGUACAUGGUUCCUCGUGGCUUGCCCGACCCCCGAGAUAGAGAGUUCUACGACGAUGUCGUCAAAUCAUGUCACGAAUUUUACGAAAUGACCGGGAAUGUUGGCGACGUGAUUCUGCUUCACCCACUGAUGGUUCACUCGGCAUCGGUCAACAGCCUACGAAUCCCUCGCAUCAUCACGAACCCCCCGGUAGCUCUCAAAGAACCAUUCAAUUUCAACCGUGAUGAUCCAAGCCAGUACAGUCUUGUAGAACAGAAGACCCUCCAGGAUCUCGGAAAAGAUCGAUUGCAAGACUGGAAAAUUCAAGGUGAACGGGCGCCGGUGAUCCCUGAGAGACUGAAAAUUCAGGAAAAAAUGAAGGAGCAGGAACUAGAACGCCUCAAGGCAUCAAGUUCAGCCCCUGUCUCCGCUUCUCCAGUUCCCGUUGAUACAAAGCCGGGACGCAAGGCGCGGCGACACGACCGAUGCGGCCUAAUGUGA